AUGAUUGAUGUGUCUCCUCUGUGUUCCCCUCCUUGCCUCACAGCACAACCAAAUCCACCCAAAAUUCAUGAAGGAUGGUGGGCAUACAAGGAGGUGGUGCAGGGAAGCUUUGUUCCAGUGCCGUCCUUCUGGGGGCUGGUAAACUCUGCCUGGAACCUGUGCUCAGUUGGGAAGAGGCAGUCUCCUGUCAACAUCGAGACCAGCCACAUGAUCUUUGACCCCUUCCUCACACCCAUAAAGCUGAACACAGGUGGACGGAAGGUGGGAGGGACAAUGUACAACACAGGCCGCCACGUUUCCCUGCGACUGGACAAGGAACAUCUCGUGAACAUCUCUGGGGGGCCAAUGACGUACAGCCAUCGUCUGGAGGAGAUCCGGCUACACUUUGGCAGCGAGGACGGCCAAGGCUCUGAACACCUGCUCAAUGGACAGGCCUUCUCCGGAGAGGUUCAGCUGAUCCACUACAAUCACGAACUAUACACAAACUACACAGAGGCAGCUAAAAGCCCCAACGGACUGGUGAUUGUGUCCAUAUUUAUGAAGAUUGCUGAAACAUCAAACUCAUUCCUGAAUCGAAUGUUGAACAGAGAUACUAUCACAAGAAUAACAUAUAAAAGUAAGUGGCAAUUCACCGCGACCGAGAUUUACCGUAGAUGA